AUGGCUAAUAAAAAGGAUCUCCUCUUACUCUUUGAUCGUCCUCAAGAACCAGUAUUUCUUCAUAAAGGCGAUGAUAAGGCUGUGUUUGAGGUUCCUGAUAAUUUUUUGUCUGAACGUUAUCGUCCAAUUGGUAACACGUUAACAACUCGUUUUGGUGGAGAAGCGAACAGAAAAAUUGCAGUAAAGGAGAUAAGUAUUCCUGAUUUAAAAAUUCCCAUGACUGUAGAACGACAGGAACCAUUUUCAUUGUUUAUUCCAAAGCAUCGAGUGGCCGCUGGUCGUCUCAUUGAUAUUUUUAUGGGUUUAAGAACUAUAGAUGAUCUACAAAGUGUUGCUGUAUAUGCACGUGAUAGACUUAAUCCACUAUUAUUCAAUUAUGCUCUAUCAGUUGCUUUGUUACAUCGUCCGGACACUAAGAGUCUUAAUAUUCCGUCAUUAGUCGAAACCUUUCCAGACAAAUAUAUUGACUCGAAAGUUCUUAAUCAAAUUAGAGAGGAAACAAAUGUUGUAUCAGAAGGAUCACGUAUGCCAAUUAUAAUUCCUAGGGAUUACACAGCUUCAGAUCUUGAAGAGGAGCAUCGCUUAUGGUACUUCCGUGAAGAUAUGGGUAUUAAUAUACAUCAUUGGCAUUGGCAUUUGAUAUAUCCCUUUGAAUCAGCCAAUAGAGCUAUUGUUGACAAAGAUCGUCGUGGAGAAAUAUUUUAUUAUAUGCAUCAACAAAUAAUGGCUCGCUACAAUUUGGAGCGUUUUAGUAAUAAUUUAGCUAGAGUGAAACGCUUGAAUAAUUUUCGUGAUCCAAUCAAAGAAGGCUAUUUUCCGAAAAUGGAUUCCUUAGUGGCAAGCCGUGCAUAUCCACCUAGAAUGGAUAAUAGUGUUAUGAAGGACAUAAAUCGUGAAUUAGAUCAGCUUAAAUUGGAUGUUGGUGCAUUGGAAAGAUGGAGAGAUCGUUUUUAUGAAGCUAUUCACCAAGGAUUUAUUGUGGAUGAAAGCAACAACCGUAUUCCGUUAGAUGAAACUCGUGGCAUUGAUAUUCUUGGUAAUAUGAUGGAAUCUUCAAUUUUGUCACCGAAUCGUCAAUUAUAUGGUGAUUUACAUAAUAUGUUGCACGUGUUUCUUUCAUAUGUGCAUGAUCCCGAUCAUCGUUAUUUGGAAUCGUUUGGUACGGUGGGUGACUCAUCGACUUCUAUGAGAGAUCCAGCAUUUUAUCCUUUGCAUGCAUUUGUUGAUGACGUCUUCCAGGAACAUAAGGAAAGUUUGACCCCAUACACACAGCAGCAACUCGACUACCCCGGAAUUAAUGUAACUGGAAUACAAGUUCAACCUGAAGGAGGACAACCUAAUAUUCUGACAACAUUUUGGCAACAAUCUGAUAUUAAUCUAUCUCGUGGUAUGGAUUUUGUUCCACGUGGCAAUGUUUUUGCUAGAUUCACUCAUUUGCAACAUGAUCCAUUUACAUAUAAUAUCAAUAUUAACAAUGGUAGUGAUGCUCAGCGCUUUGGAACCGUUAGAAUAUUCUUAGGACCCAAACAAGAUGAACGUAACCAAGCAAUGUUAUACCGCGAUCAACGCUUAUUAAUGAUUGAAUUGGACAGAUUUGUUGUUCAAUUGCGCCCAGGACAAAAUACUAUUCGUCGCCGUUCAACUGAAUCAACUUUAACAAUACCGUUUGAGAGAACUUUCAGAAAUUUGGAUACAAAUCGUCCCGUUCAAGGAAGCGCAGAAGAGUUGGAGUUUAAUUUUUGUGGGUGUGGCUGGCCACAACAUAUGCUUAUACCUAAAGGCCGACCUGAAGGUUUACAGUGUGAAUUGUUUGUUAUGGUUUCAAAUUACGAUGAUGAUAGGGUUGACCAAGAUUUGGUUGGGCAAUGUUCAGAUGCUGCCAUAUAUUGUGGUGUUAGAGAUCGUCUUUACCCAGAUAAACGUCCAAUGGGUUUCCCAUUCGAUCGCUUGGCCCGUGCUGGUGUUGAUAGAUUGGAUCAAUUCUUAUAUGGAAAUAUGAGAACAGCUGACAUCGUAAUCCGCCAUAAUAACGUUACACAAAUGCGCCAACAAUAA